AUGGACUAUACAAACUUGCGCGAUACUUUCAAGCAGGCGUCUUGGACAGCCAAACAGGAAGAGGUCAUCCUCGAGCCGUUCACGUACCUGUGCUCGGUCCCGGGCAAGGAGGUCCGGUCGCACCUCAUUGACGCAUUCAAUGCCUGGCUCAACGUUCCCGAGGAGGACCUUGAUGUGAUCCGCAACAUUGUGCGCAUGCUACACAAUGCCAGCUUGCUCAUGGAUGAUGUCGAGGACAAUUCGGACCUCCGCCGCGGUGUGCCUGUCGCGCACCAGGUGUACGGUGUGCCCCAGACCAUCAACACGGCCAACUACGUCUACUUCCUCGCCUUUGACGAGCUCCUCAAGCUCCGUCCCUUGGAUGGCAAGGGAAAGGGCAAGGCUGGAGACAUGGUGGCGAUGGUGAAUGACGAACUGCUCAACCUCCAUCGCGGACAGGGUAUGGACCUCUACUGGCGUGACAGCCUCACCUGCCCCACGGAGGAGGAGUAUGUCCAGAUGACGAUGGGCAAAACCGGUGGUCUGUUCCGCAUCGCUGUCAAGCUCAUGAUGACCAAGUCUGAGUCUACGGUCGACUAUGUGCCCCUCGCCAACCUCAUUUCCAUCUACUUCCAAAUACGCGACGACUACAUGAACCUCCAGUCUGGCGAGUACGAGGACAACAAGGGCUUCUGUGAGGACCUCACCGAGGGCAAGUUUAGCUUUCCCGUCGUGCACGGUGUGAGGGCAGACACGUCCAACCGCCAGAUUCUCAAUGUCCUCCAGAAGCGCACCACGUCGUUUGCCCUCAAGAAGCAUAUUGUCGAGUACCUCGCCAACCACACAAAGUCAUUCGAGUACACGCGCGGUGUCAUGGACACGCUCUAUGCCCAGAUCGAGGACGAGAUCAAGGAGUUGGGCGGUAACAAGCCCCUCGAGGCUAUCGUUGCCCGCCUCAAGGUUGUAGAGGAGAAGAAGUAG